CUUUUCUCUAGGCGAAGUUUCUAUAUUGAUUUUAGCUUCAGCGAAUCACGCAAACCUUUAUGAAAAUGGUCGUGGUUUUUGACUUCUUUGGGAUAUAAUAAGAUAUAAACUUUGAUGUUAAAGUCCUACCGGAAGCAGCAGAAGCUAUUAUUGUUAGCUCAUUCUGUUAGCAUUAAGCAAACAAUCGGCACUGAAGAUGAGAGAAAAUCAAAUACGGAGCAUAAUGGAAACGGGUGGUGUUUAUCUGCUGGAGUAUAAGGAGAGAAAACUUUCUUCUCUAAACGUGUGAAAACAUUAGAAGGUCCCUGAGUUCGAGGGAAGACAGCAGAGAUGGAAGAACCAGCACAGAGUCAGCAGAUGGGCUCCUCUUUUCAAGAUGUCAAGAAUCGAUGUCCCAAAUGGGAUCAGGAGGACUUAAAGCCACUGGUUAUCAAAGAGGAACAGGAUGAUUCUGAGAUCAUUGAAUUUAUAUUCAGUCCUGUUCCUGUCAAGAUGGACGAUGAUGAAGAGAAACCUCGGCUUUCAGAGCUUCAUAAGACUCAGACUGAGGUGAACACAGACUCUGCGGGUGAAGAAUCAGAUGAGCACAGAGCCUCAGAUUCUUCAGAGACGGACGUCAGUGAUGGAAACUUCGAGGAGAACACGGACCCUCAAUCAGUUGUAGACUUUGGACAGAUCAACACCUUUCCCGUAGAUGAUGCAAGAUGCGAAACAGGAACGAGGAAGGCACAAAAUUGGUGUGGGUUGAUGCCUAUGAAUUGGGACUACAAUUUGGUGAAGAUACAAAUUGCAGCAGACAUUGAAGAGAAGCCAUUCAUCACGGGCAACCCGCAGCUUAGGCUGAUAAAAAUGGAGCUUCCUGCUGAGGAGCAGAACCUGAGGCCCAGCCUGGACCAGAAGGACCUAAAACUCCCACGGAUUAAAGAGGAAGAGCACAAUGCUGAGGUCACGCAGUUCAUAUUCAAUCCUGUAUCUGUUAAGAGUGAAGAUGAUGAAGAGAAACCUCAGCUCUCAAAGCUCCAUCACAAACAGCCUGACAAAAACAGACUCUCUACCGGACAGGAAGACAUUUUACGAUCAAAUAACGUAGAUGAAGCUAUUGACUCUUCAGACACUGAUGUCAGUGAUGGUAAUUGGGAGGAGAGCAGUGAAGUUCAGUCAGGUUUGGGCUCCAUAGAAACUAGAACUGGUGAUCUAAGAUGUAUGAGAGGUGAGGUGUUACACAGCUGCAAAGAAUGUGGUAAAAUAUUUAGCCACAGAAGAAAUUUGUUAAGACAUAACAUAAUCCACACAGGAACAAAACCCUUCAACUGCUCCAUCUGUAGCAAAGCUUUCAUAUGGAAGGGGGGUUUUGUGCAACACAUGAGAACACAUAGUGAAGAGAAACCUUUCAGCUGCUCCACCUGUGGAAGAAGUUUCAAGAACAAGGAGAAUCUGAAUCGACACAUGAAAGUCCACACUACAGAGAGACCUUUCAGCUGCUCAGACUGUGGAAAACAGUUCAAAAGCCAGGAAACUGUAACUUCCCACAUGAGAAGUCACACAAAAGAAAAACCUUUUAGCUGCUCCAUCUGUGGAAAAAAGUUUAAAAGAAAAGCUAGUGUACAGCAGCACACAAAAAGUCACACUGAGGAAAAACCUUUCAGCUGCUCAGUCUGUGGGAAAAAGUUCAAGCGGAGUGAUAGUGUACCCCGGCACAUGAUACUACACACUGAAGACAAACCUUUCAGCUGCUCAGUAUGUGGGAAAAAGUUUGUUCGAAAAGAAAGUUUGGUAAAUCACAUGUCUCACCACACAUCAGAAAAACCCUACAGCUGCUCAGUCUGUAAUAAAGCUUUUACCUCAAAAGUUACUCUGAUAAAACACACCCGGUUCCACAGAGAGGACAGACAAUUUAGCUGUUCUGUUUGUAAAGCCUCUUUCAAAGAAAGAUCCUCCCUGGCUGUUCACAUUAAGAUUCACACUGGAGAGAAGCCUUUCAGCUGCUCAACCUGUGGCCGUAGCUUUGGUCAAAGCUCAACUCUGAAGCGCCACAUGAGACGACACACUGAAGAAAAACCUUUCAGCUGUCCCUAUUGUAAUGUCAAGUUCAAAUGGAAAAAUGCUUGUGUAAAGCAUAUAAAAAAACAUGGAGCUGAAUAGCUUUUUGGCUUCACAUACAAGCUACGGUAAGAUUAGAUAUAAGUCUGUUAAAAAGUUUCAUCAGCUGCUCUGUUACAGCAGAUU